CCACCAUUAUCCCAUCAUUCUUGACCGCCUUAACCGUUCGUUUCCAGCUUCCUCUGUUAACCCCCACUCGAAUUGGUCUACAAUGGAGAUGUUCACCGCGGCUACCAGGGCCACCAUCAACAGAAGUCAUUUCUCGAACGUCGGACGAGAUCAGAACAACUACACCACGAUUCAUCAGACUAUCGUCCAGACUCGAGGGAAGAGGAAGGCCAAAAAGGACGUAAUCGACCUUUCCGAUUACACCGAGAUCAAGCGAGGCGAUAUCUACAAGGAUAAAGACGUCUGCUAUUCUUGGCGGUUGUGCUCGAAUGCGAGUGGCACAACUGAGGCGGCGGUCUAUACCGCAGAGAUCAUGAUAGCUGGACGAUUUGGUACCAACAAGUUUACCGUCAAGACAUAUCAUGGGAGAAAUGCGAUGAAGGAGUGGAAACGAGAUUUUCAGCGAUGUUCUCAAGACUGGCGCGGCAAUGUUCCAGUUUUUGGUUAUAGCAAGACAACGGUUCCUUUGUUGAUAUUCCACGGAGAGCUCGUACCUCUGGCACAUAUUGAACCUCAACUAGUACGCUUUGCGGGGUUCUACUAUGUCAAUCUAUUGAUAGGCAGCUUGGGGUGUACGCCAAACGAAUUAUGGAUGGAUCCUAUCCGAGGAAAGUUUUGUCGUGGACCAAUUGGGCCUGAAUGCCGUGGUCCCUACUAUGAUCGUGGGGCUAUUACGAUUCCAUCAGACGUGGAAUUCCUCGGAGAAGACAUGGUCGUUCGAUAUCUCUCUAACACACAAUAUGAUUUCUGGUGCCUCAACGCGCUUAGUUUUUGUGCUUAUAUCGAAAGCCCCAGCUACAUCGACACAGUCAUUGAUUACCCACAAGCCAUUUCGGGUCAGACAGGAUCGACAAUUGCUUUUACUCGGAACGUACGGUGGUGGAAGUACAAUGGUUGCCUUGGAAAAGGGCAAGUGAUGAUACCAUUUGAAGUAACAGCGUUCCGCCUCACCGACAAUGGGCGUGACGUGGGAGUAUUCUCUGAUUCUGAAUCAUCGUCAUGGCUAUCGCAAGCCUUGAGUAUCUUUCAUACUCGUAACAUCUCAUUGGACGAGGACCUUUCCAACUACAAGUACAUUUAUACCAUGCUCGAGCUCACUGGAACACUUCAGAAGUCCAAACGCAAACGACAAAGACGCCAGUUAUGCGGACCCAUCUACUUGAUUCUCCGACACCAUCAGUCCCCUUUUGCACCUUCACAUUUUUGGUCCUUUGAUCCAACUGGACAAUUUUUCCUCUCGCCAGACACGUGCAAGUACCUCGGCCUUCCCUUUAAGCUCUGCCUUCACCGUAGUCCCCACCAACGCUCCUGGCCCACUAAGGUCUACAAUGCCCUUCGUGAUUACCAGAUCGCAAAGGGAUUUGACCCUCGAACCACCGAUUUCGCAUAUUCUCAUUACUAUUUCAUCUAUGAAUUUCCUGUACCGCACGAGAACCGCUUCCAACUUGAAAUCGAGGAAGAAGAAACCGAGAUUCUCUCUGGAUCCAGAGAUUCAUGGCCAACGGCCACUUCUUCCGGACUGACCUGCGCAUUCGAGGACGACAUCGAAAGACCAGAUGAUUCUUUCUCGCUCGAGCUGCUAUUCGAUCGAAUUCAAGUCAAAGGUGAAAACUUUCCGACGUGUUUGCUCGCCGAUUAGGAGGUUUGACUCAGACAACGAAUUUGUUAUCUGUGUUUGGCGGUCGGUUUCUACCUUUUGCUUCGGACCUGUCACCCAGAUUCUAAGUAUUAGACGGCGUUCCACCAAGGUCGCGGUGUGUGGUAUAUAGGUGCUACCGAUGUUAAGAGUUCAGAAAGAUUACAGUCUACGAAUGUCCUUGUCUUUAGCAUUGUGAAAUAGAAACGAGGGUUUACUAU